AUGCUGCACAGCAGCGCUGGCCAUUGGGGCAUCAACAACAACCACUCCAUCAACAACAACUGCACCAAAAUCUACCACUCCAUCAACAACAUCUGCCCCAGCCAUUGGGGCAUCAACAACAACUGCACCAAAAUCUACCACUCCAUCAACAACAACUGCACCAACAACAACCAGUCUAUCAACAACAACUGCACCACCCAUUACAUCAACAGCACCAACAUCUACCGCUCCAUCAACAACAACUGCACAAACAUCCACCACUCCAUCAACAAAAACUGCACCACCCAUUACAUCAACAGCAACAAUAUCUACCAUCCCAUCAACAACAACUGCAACAACAUCUACCACUCCAUCAACAACAUCAACCACUCCAUCAACAACAACUGCACCAGCCACAACAUCAAUGGCAUCAACACCUACCACUCUAUCAACAAUUGCACCAUCAUCUACCACUCCAUCAACAACAGAUCCACAACAUCAAGGGCAUCAACACCUACGACUCUAUCAACAAUUGCACCAUCAUCUACCACUCCAUCAACAACAACUGCACCAACAACAACCACUCAAUCAACAACUGCACCAGCCAUUACAUCGACAGCACCAACAUCUACCACUCCAUCAACAACUCACUCUACCAACAACUUUUGCACCAACAUCCACCACUCUAUCAACAACAACUGCACCAACAUCCAGCACUCUACCAACUUCUGUACCAAAAUCCACCACACUCUACCAACUUCUGUACCAAAAUCCACCACUCUAUCAACAACAACUGCACCAACAUCCACCACUCUAUCAACAACAACUGCACCAACAUCCAGCACUCUACCAACAACUUCUGCACCAACAUCCACCACUCUACCAACAACAACUGCACCAACAUCCACCACUCUAUCAACAACAACUGCACCAACAUCCAGCACUCUACCAACAACAACUGCACCAACAUCCACCACUCUAUCAACAACAACUCACUCUACCAACUUCUGUACCAACAUCCACCACUCUAUCAACAACAACUGUACCAACAUCCAACACUCUAUCAACAACAACUGCACCAACAUCCACCACUCUACCAACAGCUUCUUCACCAACAUCCACCACUCUACCAACUUCUCUUCUUCACCAACAUCCACCACUCUAUCAACAACAACUGCACCAACAUCUAGCACUCUACCAACAACUUCUGCACCAACAUCCACCACUCUAUCAACAACUGCACCAACAUCCACCACUCUAUCAACAACUACAACUACAACAACAUCUAGCACUCUACCAACAAUUUCUGCACCAACAUCCAACACUCUAUCAACAAAAACUGAACCAACAUCCAGCACUCUAUCAACAACUGUACCAACAUCCACCACUAUAUCAACAACUACUCACUCUACCAACCACUUCUGCACCAACAACAACUGCACCAACAACAACUGUACCAACAUCUGUCACUCUAUCAACAACAACACUCUACCAACAACUUCUGCACCAACAACCACUGCACCAACAACAACUCUACCAACAUCUAUAACUCUAUCAACAACAACUGCACCAACAUCCACCACUCUAUCAACAACACCUGCACCAACAUCUAGCACUCUACCAACAAAUUCUGCACCCACAUCCACGACUCUUUCAACAACAACUGCACCAACAUCUAGAACUCUACCAACAACUUCUGCACCAACAUCCACCACUCUAUCAACAACAACUGCACCAACAUCUACCACUCCAUCAACAACAACUGCACCAACAUCCACCACUCUAUCAACAACAACUGCACCAACAUCCACCACUCUAUCAACAACUUCACCAACAUCCACCACUCUUUCAGCUACUGCACCAACAUCCACCACUCUAUCAACAACUUCUGCACCAAAAUCCACCACUCUAUCAACAACAGCUGUACCAACAUCCAGAACUCUACCAACUUCUGCACCAACAUCCACCACUCUAUCAACAACAACUGCACCAACAUCCACCACUCUACCGACAACUUCUGCACCAACAUCCACCACUCUAUCAAUAAUAGCUGCACCAACAUCCACCACUCUAUCAACAACAACUGCACCAACCUCCAACACUCUACCAACUUCUAAAUCCAGCACUGUAUCAACAAAUGCACCAACAUCAACAUCAACUGCACCAACAUCUACCACUCCAUCCACAACUACUGCAACAACAUCAACUGUACCAACAUCUACUACUCUGUCAACAACAACUGCACCAGCCUCAACAUUAACUGCAACGUUUUCCACCCCAUCAACAACAACUGCACGAACAUCCAACACUCUACCAAAAUCUGCCGCACUAACCUCAACAUCAGCAGCACCAACCUCAACAUUAACUGGACCAAUAUCUACCACUCUAUCAACAAUAUCAACUAUAUGA